AUGGGGUCAGAUUCUUCUGUUAACAAUGGUUAUAUCAUUGAUAUCGACUCUGAUUUCGGUGAUUAUUCAGAAGCCGAUCCGACCAACUACUUUGCAAAUCUCGACCUACGCUAUUUUGCUGCCAAACCAAAGGAAAUGCUAACCGAGAACACUGAGUUGAAAGAAAAGUGUUUGGAGAAUGACAACCCGGUUGCUCAUUAUAUCGAGGGGAUAAUUAAAUACUUCAUAGAGAAUGAGCAACGUGCAGGACUCCGUCAUUUCCGACAAGCUUCCAUUGGGAAAAAUGAUGACGGUACGUUAUUUUACGGUUUGUUAAUGAUGGUUCGUGGUCACUAUUGGAAGAGGCAAAAGUACAUGGAUAAACUUCGAUGGUUGGAAAAACCAUCGAGGUCCAAUCAAAGCUGGGAGAGAAUCAAGAACUCCCUAAGUGCAAUUCCGUGUAGUUUCACUCAUGAUGACUAUGCGGAGAUGAGAAGCCCGGCAGCCUUUGUUCCUAUUCUAGUUGGAUCGGGUUUUAUAGUGCCAUUGACAUCAGUUUUCCAUAGGGUUAACCAGAGCAUCGAAUCCUCACAGUCGUCUACCACCUAUGCUGCAUUGAAUGGUGCACAGGGUCGUAACCUAGCGUCACCUCAGACACCAUCUACUGCUCCAGUCCGUCUGUUUGGGGUGGAUUUGACUCUAAACCAAACAUCAAGUUUAUCAGUUCAAAGAAGUUGUUUGACUAACUCUAAUUUGUCAAUCACUAGAAAUUCUCAAACUACAAAACCUGUGAUCGAGAACUCAAAGAGAAAAAGAAAGCCACCGCGCUCUGUUUUGAAUGAUAUUACCAAUAUUUCACAUUCAUUCUCGAAUGAAAACGAAGAAACACCAACAAACAUAAAUGGUGAUAUCGAUGAGGAUGACGAAAUCCUUAAUGAGGAUUUUGUUGGAGGUAUCUCUGAUGUAGAAGGUGAGCUUGAUUUCGAUUGUAGUUCUCAAGAAACUUCAGACAGUGAAAAUGAACCAGACAUUGUCGAGGUUCAUGCUACUCCUGACACUGAUCCAUAUCGUCCAGCACCAUUUUCUAUGAAAUCAAUUUUGGAACGAUCCCAAAAACGUUCACAGAGCUCAACAAAGGUUCUAACUAAACCAAAAGAAGAAGAAUAUCUUGACGAGGGGGAUUCUGAUCACUCAUGUAGUCAUUGUGGCGCAAUAUUUUGGUAUGGUGAAAGGUUAAAAAGACGUAGAAAUACGUCUACACCUACAUUUUCACUAUGUUGUUUACAAGGUCAAGUUUAGUUGCCACUACUAAAAGAACCACCAGAGGUGCUUAAAAAUCUGAUGGAAGGAGAUGACCAAUUAAGCAAGCAUUUCCAAAAUAACUUGAGGGCUUACAACAUGGCUUUCUCAUUUACUUCACUUGGGGGAAAAGUUGAGAGAUCAGUUCCACAGGGCAAAGGGCCUUCUAUGUUUCAGCUUCAAGGGGAAAAUUAUCAUCUAAUGGGAAGUCUACGCCCUAAUGAUGGAAACAAUGCCAAGUUCGGUCAGCUAUAUAUAGUGGACACCGAAAAUGAAAUUCAAAACAGGGCUAACUGUCUCAGAUACCGUAAAAUAUGUCUGGUCCUAAUAUACAAAGGGAAAGCCAAGUUCAAUGCAAAAAAGAAAUACAGGCUGAAGGAUGAAAUUAUUGACAUUUUGGUGAAGAUGUUAGACGAAGUUAAUCCUUAUGUGAAGCGGUUCAGAUCAGCUAAAGAUCGCUUUAAGGCAGAUCCUGAUGAUGCAUUUCAUAUGCGAAUUGUGAGUGACCGCUUAACGGAUGGAAGAACUUAUAAUACUCCUACGGCUACUGAAGUUGCUGCACUCAUACCUGGUGAUUUUAAUCUAGAUAUGGAUAACAGGGAUAUUGUUCUUCAACAACAAUCUGGCAAGCUUAAACGGAUUAACGAGAUUCAUGCUUCUUAUCUAGCUUUGCAAUACCCUCUACUGUUUACUUAUGGAGAAGAUGGUUUCCGACUGGGUAUUAAGAAAGGUGUAGCAGCAUCAAAAAAACUAAAAAAGCCUAAUAUCAGUAUGAGGCAGUUCUUUGCUUUUCGACUUCAUGAACGUAAGGGUGAAUCGCAUUGUCUCCUACAUGGUAGACGACUCUUUCAGCAAUUCAUCGUUGAUGCUUUCACAACUAUUGAAUCAAACCGCUUGCGCUAUCUAAAGUUUAACCAGUCAACUCUGCGGUCUGAUAGUUAUGAUUCAAUAAAAGAGUCUGAAAAUGCUAGAAUGACGGAUAUGAAUGAGCAAGGUUCAGAAUUCAUUUUGCCAGCUUCUUUUGUGGGGAGUCCUAGAUAUAUGAAAAACAACUACUUGGAUGCUAUGACUAUAUGUAAGCAUUUUGGAUUUCCAGAUCUCUUCAUUACUUUUACUUGUAAUCCAAAAUGGCCAGAGAUCACAAGGUAUCUGAAGAAAAGGAAGUUAAAAGCUGAGGAUAGGCCAGACAUUAUUUGCAGGCUUUUCAAGAUGAAACUUGAAUCAUUGAUGGACGAUUUAACCAGAAAGAAUAUGCUAGGGAAGACUGUCGCAUCAAUGUAUACUAUCGAGUUUCAAAAACGUGGCCUACCCCAUGCUCACAUACUCUUAUUUCUUCACCCCACCUCCAAGCUUCCCAAUACAGACGACAUUGACAAGAUUAUAUGUGCAGAAAUACCGAACAAGGUUGAAGAGCCAGAACUCUAUGAAGUGAUUAAAGAUAUGAUGAUUCAUGGUCCUUGUGGAGCUGCAAAUAUGAAUUCUCCAUGUAUGGAGAAUGGAUUGUGUUCAAAGUCAUACCCAAAAUCGUUUUCUGCAAACACCACAAUCAAUAAGGAAGGGUUUCCUAUUUACAGAAGGCGUGAGAAAUCAGACAAUUAUGUUGAGAAGAAUGGCUUUAAGUGUGAUAACCGGUAUGUUAUUCCGUAUAACAAGAAGCUAUCUCUACGUUAUAGAGCUCACAUAAAUGUGGAGUGGUGCAAUCAAGCUGGUUCUAUUAAGUAUUUGUUCAAGUACAUUAAUAAAGGACAGGAUCGUGUAACUGUUGCUGUUGAACCUCCUGCUCACAUCAUUGACAGUAUGUUGGCAAGUGGUCAAGGAAAUUUAGCUACCGAACCUCCUACCAUUACAAAUGGGAAUGUGACUUCAAAUGUCGAGGGAAAUGUUGUUGACGGCACUGAAGGAAAUCUUGAGAAGAAGAAGAAUGAAAUAAAGGACUUUUUUGAUUGCAGAUAUGUCUCGGCUUGUGAGGGGACUUGGAGAAUUUUUAAGUUUCCAAUUCACUAUAGGUCUACAUCAGUUGAGAAGCUGAGUUUUCAUCUACCCGGGAAACAGAACAUAAUUUUCAAGGGGAAAGACAAACUCAAAGCUGUUAUCACCCGAAAACUCAUCGAGAAUACAAUGUUUCUGGCCUGGUUUGAGUUGAAUAAGAUUGAUGAUCUUGCGAAAACUCUAACCUAUGCUCAAAUACCAAACUACUUCACAUAUAACAAGAAGCAGAAGAAGUGGAUUAGGCGAAAAAGAGGCUUUAGCAUUGGGAGGAUUAACUAUGCUCCGCGGAAACAAGAAGAUGCUUACUUUUUGCGUGUGUUGUUGAACAUUGUGAAAGGCCCUACCUGCUACGAUGACUUUAAAACCUAUGAAGGUGUUCUUUACCCUAGCUACAAGCUGGCAUGUUUUGCUCGUGGAUUACUAGAUGAUGAUCAGGAGUACAUUGAUGAUAUUUUAAGGAGAAGUCAUGAAAGCACAGCAAGUGAACUGCGCCAAAUUUUUGUUAUGAUGCUGAUGAAUGACAGUUUGUCUAUGCCCGAGGUUGUGUGGGAACGUACAUGGCAUUGUCUUUCAGAAGAUAUCGAGUAUAAUCGCCGAAAGUUUUUCAAACGACCAGGGUUACAAACAACCCGCCAAGAUUCAAAUGUCUUGAUACUAGAUGAGAGAAACUACUCACGUGAAUUAUUGCUACAAACCGUUGAGGAAGAAAGCCGCAAAAUGACUGAUGAGCAAACUAAAGUUUAUGAUGAGAUCCUUUCGGCUGUAUAUGAGGGAACAGGUGGUAUGUUCUUUGUUGAUGGAUUUGGUGGUACUGGUAAAACAUUCUUGUGGAAAUUAUUGUCUGCAAGUAUUAGAAGUCGAGGAGAUAUUGUUUUAAAUGUUGCAUCAAGUGGCAUUGCUUCAUUGUUGUUGCAAGGUGGUAGGACUGCUCAUUCAAGAUUUGGGAUUCCAUUAAAUCCGGAUGAGUUUUCUUCGUGUACUAUGUCGCAUGGAUCUGAUCAGGCUAAUUUAGUGAAGGAGGCAUCACUCAUUAUAUGGGACGAAGCUCCAAUGAUGAGCAAGUUUUGCUUUGAAGCACUGGAUAGAAGCUUGUCUGACAUCAUGGGAAAAAUUAGCGACAAUCCUUUUGGUGGAAAAGUCAUUGUUUUUGGUGGUGAUUUUAGACACGUUCUCCCUGUAAUUAAUGGAGCUGCAAGACCAGAAAUUGUGUUGCAAACACUCAAUAGAUCAUAUCUUUGGGAACACUGCAAAGUGCUUAAGCUGACCAAGAAUAUGCGAUUGCUAACAGGUUGCUUGUCAGUUGAAGAUGCAAAGGAUCUAAAGGAGUUUUCUGAGUGGAUUCUAAAAAUAGGGGAUGGUAAAGUUAAUGAGCCUAAUGACGGGGAAGCAUAGAUUGAAAUACCCCCAGAGUUUUUGAUUACUGACGCAGACGAACCUAUAGAAGCGAUCAGCAAAGCUGUCUACGGUGAUUCUGUUUCACUUCAAGAUAACAAAGAUCCUAAGUUUUUCCAACAAAGAGCAAUUCUAUGUCCAACCAAUGAGGAUGUUAAUAUGAUCAACGAGUACAUGCUGGAUAAACUUCCUGGAGAUGAGAAGAUCUAUACUAGCGCAGAUAGUAUAGAUCCAUCAGAUAAAAUUGCUCUAAACAAUGAAGCAUUGGGUCCAGAUUUCCUUAACACUAUCAAGGUUUCUGGUUUGCCUAACCAUAGCCUGAGACUCAAGGUUGGUUGUCCUGUGAUGGUUUUAAGAAACAUUGAUCCUUCUGCUGGUUUGAUGAAUGGAACAAGGCUUAAGAUUACUGAGCUAAUGGAUUUUAUGGUUAAAGCAAAGAUUAUUACCGGAGCAAAGGUGGGCCACACAGUUGAUAUUCCUAGGUUGUUAAUAACACCAUCAGACACAAGACUGCCAUUUAAGAUGCGUAGAAGGCAAUUACCUCUGGCUGUGGCAUUUGCAAUAACUAUAAAUAAAAGUCAAGGUCAAUCAUUGUCUGAAGAGGGUAUCUUUCUCCCACGACCUGUGUUUUCACAUGGGCAGCUUUAUGUAGGUGUUUCAAGGGUUACAUCUAAAAAAGGUUUAAAGAUAUUGAUUGUUGGUAAAGAUGGUAAACCUCAGACUAAAACUAUGAAUGUUGUGUUCAAAGAGAUUUUUGACAAUCUCUGA